UUGAUUAGUGAAACUAAUCAAAAACAUAAAAAAAAUGAAGAAGCUUUUGGCAGCAGUUCUCGUCGUCGUCACUCUCAUGUUCCCGGCGGCGACCACCGCACAAACGGCGACUCACUGGCCAAAGCCGGCGGGUAUGACGUGGGCAACGGCGGCGGCGGAGCAAUCCACCGUCGAUCUAAUGAGUGUCUCUACUCAUCACCGGGAAAACAUAAACUCCCUCGACGGUGGAAUCACAACCAACGGUUGGAAAUGCGAAGGAGCCAGUGGUCCAGGAGGAGCACGAGUCAUCGUCACUCCUUCUCCGCCGUCUCCUCCCCCGCCGGAAACUUCCACCCCUCCGCCGACCCCCGAGCUUCCUCCGCCAUCUCUCCCUCCGCCUCCACCUCCUCCGGUGAUGGAGCCCACCCCUAAAUUAUCCCCGCCGUCUCCUCCGGCCAUCGAGCAACCACCCUCUCCGCCGGAGAUCGAGGAACCGCCAUCUCCGCCGGAGAUCGAGGAACCACCAUCUCCGCCGGAGAUCGAGGAACCACCGUCUCCACCGGAGAUCGAGGAACCACCGUCUCCACCGGAGAUCGAGGAGCCUCCGUCACCACCGGAGACCGAGGAGCCACCUUCCCCACCGGAGACCGAGGAGCCACCUUCCCCACCGGAAAGCGAGGAGCCGCCAUCACCACCAGUGAUCGAGGAGCCGCCUUCCCCACCGGAAAUCGAGGAGCCGCCGUCUCCACCGGAAAUCGAGGAGCCGCCGUCUCCGCCGGCGAGGAGAGGAAGGUGGAUGCCGCCAAACGUGAGACAUUUGAGGAAGUGCUUCAGGGAAUUGCCGACGGGGAUGGCUUGCUACAGGGCGAUACUGAGCAGUUACUUCACGGGGAUGUUCAGAAUCAGCAGACAGUGUUGUCAGAUUGUUGUCGACAUGGAAGAUGAAUGCGCCGACAUCGUUUUCAACCGUUUCACCGAUCCUCACUUCUGUCGUGCCCUUCAGUACACCUGUUACUGUUCUUACAAUUAAGCGCGUCUUCCCACGCGCCGCCUUCUGUUUUUUUUCCUUCGUUUUUUGUUUUGUUUUGUUUUGUUUGGGCUUUUUUUUCCAGGUUUUUUCCGGCCCGUUUCGUUGUCCAUCUCUCGUGGACCAUUAUGAUGUUCUUUUGAUCCAAUAAUAAUAUUGCUCCUUUUUUGUU